AUGGGCGUGAGCCUGCUCGCGUCGGCCCUGCCGGCCCUGUUGGCGACGGAGCUCUGCGGCGGCGACGAGGCCGGCGGCGGCGAGCUCGCGCGGACCUGGCUCCAGGAGUUCGUGGGCACGGCGGUCAUGGUCGCGCUGACCUGCUGCCCCGGCGCGGCCGUCGGCCACCUGGGCAGGGCCUACGAGUACGGCGCGCAUUGGGUCGCCAUGGUCGCCGCGGACUACAGUUGCGGCGGCCCGCAGGUGAACCCCGUCAUCACCGUGGCCAUGCUCGUCGCCCGGGGCGGGUCCGCCGUGGAGGCUUUGGUGCGCAUCAUGGCGCAGGUCGGGGGCGGCGUCGUCGGCUGGCGGCUCCUCUUCGGGGGGGAAAGCUUCCUGACGGGCGCGGUGGGAGGGCCGGCGCCGGACGCGCACCUGCCGCUCUUCUACGUCUUCUGGUCCGAGUGUUUGGGCGCCUGCGCGCUGGCCCUGGCCGUCUUCGCCUUCGCGACGACCAAGUUCUUCCAGGAGGGCGACAACUACUUGGUGAAGAUGGCGUGCAUCAACGUCGUCCUACGGUGCGUCAUUCUGGGCCACGGCGCCACGGGGCCCGCCGUCAACCCGGCGCUGGCGUCGUCCUACGCCUUCGCCGCGUCCGGCGCCUGGCCGCCCCUCGAGGACGGGAGCCCCCACUACGUGGCCUUCUGGGCCGGCGGUCUGUGCGGCGCGGCGCUCGCGGGUUUGGCGUGGCGGGCCAUCACGAAGUUCGCCGGCGGCGAGUGCGGGCCCAAGUUCCCCAACGAGGCCGCGAAGCUCGCCCUCGGCGCCUACUGCGCGGGUCUGGCGCUCGUCGCGUGGCGCGCGCACCUCGGCGUCGAGGCCGCGGCCAUCAUCCACGAGACGAAGUACGGCAUGGCGCUCAAGGCGCGCCACCCGCUCACGAAGCUCUUCGGCCGCAAGCCGCGGGGCUACUAG